AUGCCAUCUCAAAUGCAACAUGCCAUGGAAACCAUGAUGUUUAUAUUUCACAAAUUUUUCAAGGAUAAAGGCUACUUAACAAAGGAUGACCUGAGAGUACUCAUGGAAAAGGAGUUCCCUGGAUUUUUGGAAAAUCAAAAAGACCUUCGGGCCUUGGACAAAAUAAUGAAGGACCUGGACCAGUGCCGAGAUGGCAAAGUGGGCUUCCAGAGCUUCUUUUCCCUGAUUGCAGGCCUCACCCUUGCGUGCAACGACUAUUUUGUAGUACACAUGAAGCAGAAGGGAAAGAAGUAG